AAAUAAUUCCAGAAAAGGUCACCAACAUGGUUCAUUCUAAUAAAUACACGAAGGAUGAGUUCUUCACAGAGUGGAAUCUAAUAGCUCAGGAGUUCCACAAAAACCCAGACAACAUACUUACAAAAGCAAUGAUCGAAAGUGUGCUGAUAACCCACAAUCUGCCUCCAGCUUUCAUUCAAGCCCAUUUCUUGCCAAUGAUGGACUAUUGAGACGGAAAGAAGAUAAGUGAGAUAGACGAGGAUGUUAUAGAAGAGUAUGCCCAAGAGAUCUUUCAAAGAGCUUGUGACCAGGGUAUCGCAACGACUGAAUAAAGAAAUUCAAAAAGAACCCUUAAUUUUAUCACUAAGGUGCAAAAUUCA